AUGAGGGGCAUCCCGGGCUUCAAGCGGCUGCGGCUCAAAAUCUGGCGGCGAUGCGCCCUGCUGCUGCUCCUCCUCUGGGCUGCCUGCUGGCUGGUGGUGAGCGCUGCGCUGUUCCUCCUCCACAGGAGCGUCUUCUCCGAGCGCUGCACGGACGAGAAGAGCCGCCGGAUCCUGGCCAGGCUGUGCCUUGACUACAGCAGCGGAGCCCUGACUGGUGACCUCUGUGAAGAUCUGUGUGUGGCACAAAAAUUGGUGUACAAACACUGCCUUUACUAUGACAGAGGUAAGAAGGUCAUUCAGGCUGACUGGAGAGGCCAGCCCAUCAUACUGAAAUCCAAAAAAGAAAUCUUUUCCAGCUACCAGCACCUCAGUAUGCUAGAGGAGGUGGAAACACAGGAUAUCCCUGAAACAGAGCUUCUGCUCAUGGUAGCUUUGGAGGUCAAAAAUGCCCUGGGGCUGGAACUGUCUAACAAUACCAUGGGGCCCCUGUGGACAAGGAAGAAGGGACCACGUUGGAAAGCACAGGUGGCCAGCAUGUGGUCCUUGCUCCAGCAGGAAGAAUAUAUCUACUUCAGUUUGCUGCAGGACUUCAGCAAACAUGUGCUACGAAUUAUUGGCUCUUGUGGACACUUUUAUGCUGUGGAGUAUCUCACAGCUGGACAUGCCUGGCACAAAACUCUUUUUCCCUUGGAAAACGUGAUUGGUCCCUCCCUUACUGGACACAGAAGCAGAGUGAGAGCCAUCAUUGACAUUGCACUCAGCUUUCUGGACAUGGUGCAGCAUUUUGAUAAUGAUUUCUCUCACCGACUUCACCUGUGUGACAUCAAACCAGAAAACUUUGCUAUCAGGCACGAUCUCACGGUGGUGGCCAUUGAUGUGGAUAUGGCCUUCUUUGAACCCAAAAUGAGGGACAUCCUGGAACAGAACUGCACAGGAGAUGAAGACUGUAAUUUUUUUGAUUGYUUUUCAAAAUGCAAUCUGAAARUCAGAAAAUGUGGAGCACAGAGAGCCAAUAACAACUUGCAAGUAAUUUGUGACAAAAUAUUCCGCCGCUGGUUUUCCCCCAAUCUCAGAGGGUCGCUGGUUUCCCUCCCCCUGCAGCUGCAGCUGCAGAAAGCAGUGCAGGAGUGUGCCCAGCCGGGGCACACGGGCACCACCGGGCACCAGAGGACUCUGAAAUCUCUCUCCGAGCUGUACCACCUGCUCCGGGUCACUCAGCGACAACUGCAGGGGGCACAGUAGACACA